GCUAACGGAAAUGGUACAGUACUGCGCAGUGAAAUUGUUGGUUCGGUGAAGAUGCGUGUUUAUUUGACGGGCAUGCCCGAACUGCGACUCGGUCUCAAUGACAAAAUUCUGUUUGAAAGUAGCGGAAGAGGAAAGAAUAAGUCCGUGGAAUUAGAAGAUGUGAAAUUUCAUCAAUGCGUUCGUUUGUCUCGUUUCGAAAAUGAUCGCACAAUCAGUUUCAUUCCUCCGGACGGCGAAUUCGAGCUGAUGAGCUAUCGAUUGAUGACCGUUGUCAAACCACUGAUUUGGAUCGAAGCAGUCGUUGAGAGGCACACACAUUCCAGAGUCGAAUUUAUGAUUAAGGUGAAAUAUGCCCCGGAACAAAGCUCGUUUAUUUGGACUAUCAGGAGUUUCCCGGGUGGAAAAGAAUACUUGAUGCGAGCACAUUUUAAUUUACCAUCAGUGGAAAGUGAGGAGCGCGAAGGACGCCCGCCGAUGAAAGUGAAAUUUGAAAUACCAUAUUUUACAACCUCAGGAAUACAGGUUCGUUAUUUGAAAAUUAUCGAAAAAAGCGGUUAUCAGGCGUUGCCCUGGGUGCGAUAUAUAACUCAAAAUGGUGAUUAUCAGCUGCGCAUGCUGUAA